UGUCUAAAGAUGUUUACUACAGCAAUUGUGUAAUUUCUCAUUAAAUAACUCUUUUUCCUUUAAUAAAAGUGGUUCCCCGGGAGUGGCUUCUGGAGAAUAAUGCACGCCUCCUAAUCCUGAGUGGGAACAACAUCUGCUUCACUUUCAUGGCCAGUAAAGCUGUGAACGGACGGGCCAUUGAGCUCGCAAGGCUCAUAGUCUUUUUGGCUUUGGUGUGUGAGAAAGAGCUAUAUUGCAUGGACUGGACAGUUAGAAUGAUGCAAAAAGUCUGCAAGGUCUUCAGCACUGCAGCAGAGAGAAAGAGCUUCCUGCAGAGCGUGGCAAAUGCUUUUGCCUGUGUCACCAUGGAAAUGCUGCAGCCUAUUAUGUCUGGAGAGCGUGAUGAAGAUGACAGAGGCUUCCUGAAUUUGUUCCAUCUUCUGCAUGCUCAGGCGAACUUCCAUAAGGAGGUGCUGUAUUUGACCAUGAAUGCCUCCUCUUCCUAAAUCAAGAAGCUUGUCACUUAAAGAUUGUGUCUCCAGACUAGCGCUUAAGAGAGUGGUACUUUUUCACAUCCAAGGGUAGCACCUGUUGGACUUUUGAUAAUCUAAUUACCAGGAACUCCAGCUGCACAGGAUUUUAGCUGUAAUUGUUUCACUCUGAUUAGUGUAAAAUAAUAGGCAAACCCAAGAAUGUGUUGCUACUUUUCUGGAAAACAAGCUCUGCCUCUCCAGAUCUUGGUAAACUCAACAUCAAACCAAAGCAGAAUGUUAACUGUCCAAGAAUCUGCAGCCAGCUCAACCUGUUUGUGUGGCUCUUUGAAGCAAGAGCUAACUUGGCUUCAUUAAGAACAGAUUCACAUUCGUUAACUUGUGCUAUCUGUUCACUUUGCACUGGCUCAGCAAAUAUGGCCCAAAUAUUUUGUGAGGAUUUGUAAUACUGUGUUUUAGAAUGUGCAUUAUGUAAGUCACAUUCCAUACCACCUUCUUAGCAUAUGGUUACAAAAUAAAUUUUAUAUUUAAUUUA